GCUUCGGCAGUUGAACCGCUCGCGAGGAGGGGUGUCCGCGGAGAAGUGACCCUGGCCAUGGACCAGCCCGCUGGCCUUCAGGUGGACUACGUCUUCCGGGGUGUGGAGCAUGCUGUGCGGGUGGUGGUUUCUGGGCAGGUGCUGGAGCUGGAGGUGGAGGACCGGAUGACAGCCGACCAGUGGCGCGGCGAGUUCGAUGCCAGCUUCAUUGAAGAUUUGACUCAUAAGACAGGGAACUUCAAACAGUUCAACAUCUUCUGUAACAUGCUGGAGUCGGCCCUCACCCAGAGCAGUGAAUCGGUCACCCUAGACCUUCUGACCUACACAGACCUGGAGUCCCUGCGGAACCGCAAGCUGGGGGGGCGCCCGAGCACCUUGGCCCCUAGAUCGAACCAGCUCAACUCCAAGCGCUACCUGAUCCUUAUCUAUUCUGUGGAGUUUGACAGGAUUCACUACCCGCUGCCCCUUCCGUACCAGGGCAAGCCAGACCCUGUGGUCCUGCAGGGCAUCAUCCGCUCACUGAAGGAGGAGCUGGGCCGCCUCCGAGGGCUGGACGGCCAGGAUGCUCGGGACUCUCGGGAGACUGAGAUCUGGCAUCUGCGGGAGCAGGUGUCUCGCCUGGCAUCUGAGAAGCGGGAGCUGGAAGCACAGCUGGGCCGGUCUCGUGAGGAGGCGCUGGCCGGGCGGGCGGCGCGCCAGGAGGCAGAGGCGCUGCGCGGGCUGGUGCGCGGCCUGGAGCUAGAGCUGCGGCAGGAGCGCGGCCUGGGUCACAGGGGAGCCGGCCGCCGCAGCCAGGACUGCCGCCGCCUGGCUAAGGAGCUGGAGGAGGUGAAGGCGUCGGAGCGGAGCCUGAGAUCCCGGCUGAAGACGCUGAACUGCGAGCUGGCCUUGUACAAAAGGGGGAGGCGGUCUUCACCCGCGGUGCCUCCCCCAGCCCGGGAAGGCCGGGCUUCAUCGUCCCGGGAGCGCUCCACGUCUCGUGGCCGCGCCGCCGCCCGUUCCUCAUCCCGGGAGAGCGGCCAUGGGAUCCGAGGUCGAGGCCGACUUGCCCGCCCCUCGCCUUCGCCCACAGGUGGUCGUGUGACCCGUUUCGACCCCACGGCCUUUGUGAAAGCAAAGGAGAAGAAGCAGAAAGAGAUCAGGAUGAAGCAACAGCAGCAGCAGCGGAACCGAUUGGGUAGUGGAGGGAGCGGGGAUGGCCCUUCCAUCUCAUGGUCUCGUCAGACCCGGCCCCCAGCUGCCGUGACUGGCCGUGGGGACUCAGCUAACCGCUCCCGGAACCGCAGCUCCUCGGUGGACAGUUUCCGCAGCCGCUGCUCCUCUGCCAGCUCCUGCAGCGAGUUCGAAGAUUUCUCUGAGUCACUCUCCAGAGGCCUUCGCUGCGGCCGUGGGAAACCACCCAGCCCUACACCGUGGAGUGCGUCCAAUAUGAAGUGCACCUCUCAGGAACACAGUAAUCAUCGGAGACACCUGGCAAAUUCAGGGGGCUGGGUCCCCAUCAAAGAGUACAGCUCCGACCACCAGGCGGCUGAUAUGGCUGAAAUAGAUGCCCGCCUGAAGGCCUUGCAAGAAUACAUGAAUCGACUGGACACCCGGUCAUGACCAUGGAGAGGUGGUACUGCCCCUCCACCACCAUUCACCAGUGGGUAUGGUGUGGGGUAGGGCCAGGGUGGCCUUCCAGCCCCACCCAGGCUCCACCCCUCCAGGUGCUCCUGAGGUCUUAGGUUUGUGAAGCCCUGACCCCACCCACUCUCCAGGCAGUGCAUGCUGGGAGAUAGGGUAUGUGUGUUUUGUAAAUAAACUUGUUUGUCCUUGGGACCCCUCAA